GGAAGCCAUUAGUUUCAGCUAACUUGAUCCAACGCCUCCCUUCAGUUGACCGAAGAAGACUUCCGGUGGCUUGUCAUGGCGGUGGAUCCAUGGUGAAUCCAAUAGAAAAGGGAAAAUAUUCGCCCGCUUUGUCCUUUCUAACCCACCCAAGUCAUAUUUUCAUGGGGAAAUACGUCUGUCUACACCGACUCUAAACCUCGGACUUCCCACCAGAGCUGUGUGUCCCCACGGCCGGCCAUGGCGGCUCACAAACCAGUGGAAUGGGUCCAGGCCGUGAUUACCCGAUUUGAUGAGCAGCUUCCUAUUAAGGUUGGACAUCAGAACACACACAGCAAAGUCAGCACAGACCACAACAAAGAAUGCUUGAUCAACAUCUCAAAGUACAAGUUCUCCCUUGUUAUCAGCGGCCUCACCACUAUACUCAAAAAUGUCAACAACAUGCGGAUAUUUGGAGAAGCCUCCGAGAAGAACCUUUAUCUUUCUCAGCUCAUCAUCCUUGACACGCUGGAGAAGUGCCUGGCAGGGCAAUCUAAAGACUCCUUGCGUCUGGAUGAGACCAUGUUGGUGAAGCAGUUGCUGCCAGAGAUCUGCCAUUUCAUCCACACGUAUCGUGAGGGUCACCAGCACGCGGCAGAGCUGCGUGCCUCUGCCUCGGCUGUCCUGUUCUCUUUGAGCUGCAACAACUUCAAUGCCGUUUUCAGCCGCAUCUCAACGAGGCUGCAGGAGUUGACGGUGUGCUCAGAAGACAAUGUGGAUGUUCAUGACAUCGAGCUCAUGCAGUACAUCAAUGUGGACUGUUGCAAACUGAAGAGGCUUCUGCAAGAAACCGUUUUAAAGUUCCGGGCUCUCAAGAAAGCUGCACAGCUUGCUGUCAUCAACAGUUUAGAGAAGGCAUUUUGGAACUGGGUAGAAAAUUAUCCUGAUGAAUUUACGAUGCUGUACCAACGCCCUCAGACAGAUAUGGCUGAAGCGGCAGAGAAGCUGUUUGACCUGGUAGACAGUUUUGCAGAGAGUGCCAAGAGGAAGGCAGCUGUAUGGCCGCUCCUGAUCAUUCUACUGAUACUUUGUCCAGAGAUUACUCACACAAUCUCUAAAGACACAGUGGAAGAGAGCAAAGCCAACAAGAAACUCUUUUUGGAUAAUUUGCGGAAAGCUCUAGCUGGCCAGGGUGGGGGCAAACAGCUGAUGGAGAGCGCUGCGAUUGCCUGUGUCAAGCUUUGCAAAGCUUCUACUUACAUCAACUGGGAGGAUCAUUCAACCAUUUUCCUUCUGGUCCAGUCUAUUGUCAUGGAUCUCAAGACUCUGCUGUUUAACCCAACCAAACCGUUCUGGAGGGGGACCAGCAGUCAGAACGCUGACGUGGAACUCAUGGUGGAUUGCUUUGUUUCAUGUUUCCGUAUCAAUCCUCACAACAACCAGCAAUUUAAGGUCUGUUUGGCCUCCUCCUCCCCCUCAACCUUCCACUUUGUCUUGGUCAACUCAUUGCACAGAAUCAUUACCAAUUCUCAUCUAGACUGGUGGCCGAAGAUCGAUGCAGUGUACCAUUACUCUGGAGAGCUUCGCUUUAUGUUCUCAGACACCCUGAACCGGGUGGUACAGAGCACUGGCACUCAUGCUCCACUACGCAUGACACCGAGUCUGACAUUCAUUGGAAAGAAGACCACAAGCCUUAAGUUUAAAGAGAAAGCCACAGAGCAAGACACUCGAAGUUAUAAGUGCCUUCUUCUCGCUCUGGUCAAGCUCAUCCAUGCAGACCCAAAGCUGAUGUUGCACAAUCCAGUGAAGCAAGCUUCAGAGAUCCAAAGCAGUACAGCAGAACUCAUCACUGGCUUGGUGCAACUGGUUCCUCUGAACACCACUACUCAGCUGUCACAAGAAGCCAUGGAGGCUCUGUUAGUUCUGCACCAGCCAGAGACCAUAGAGCUGUGGAACCCUGAUGCCCCCAUUGAGACAUUUUGGGACAUCAGUUCACAGGUGCUUUUCCUAAUCUGCCGAAAGUUAAUUGGCCAACAAAUGGUGAACAGAACAGAGGUUCUAAAAUGGCUGAGAGAGAUCCUGAUCUGCAGGAACAAGUUUUUGCUCAAGAACAAGGAGUGUGCCACCAUGGGGGGUGGCAUUCCCAUCUGUCGGCAGGCGCAGACUAAACUUGAGGUCUGUCUCUACCUGUUCCUGUGGAGCCCAGACACGGAGGCCGUGCUGGUGGCCAUGUCAUGUUUCCGUCAUCUGUGUGAAGAGGCAGACAUCCGCAGUGCAGCGGAUGAGGUGCCCGUCCAGACUAUCCUCCCCAACUACGCCACUUUCAGUGAGCUGGCUUCUGUGAGCACCAUGAUAGGAACAGGCCGCUCCACCUUACAGAAAAGAGUGAUGGCCUUGUUGAGAAGAAUAGAGCACCCUACACCAGGAAACAUUGAGGCUUGGGAGGACACUUAUGCUAAAUGGGACCAGAGCACAAAACAGAUACUCAACUUCCCUAAAAAUAAGGCUGAUGAUGGGCAGCAGGAGUGGAUAAAUAUGACAGGCUUCCUCUGUGCACUGGGAGGUGUGUGUCUUCAGCAGCGCAACACUCCAGGACUCGCCACUUACAGCCCACCUAUGGGCCCACUGAGUGACCGCAAACCCUCCAUGAUCUCAGUGGGGCCCGGUGACAUCACCAACCCGGCUCCCUCUUCCUGCCCUUCAUCUACCUCCAUCGAGACGCCCGUCAGCCGCUUCCUGGACCGACUGCUGGCUCUGUUGGUGUGUGGCCAUGACAGGGUGGGCCUUCAUGUCCGCACCAAUGUCAAAGACCUACUGGGACUGGAACUGAGUCCUGCACUCUAUCCCAUGCUCUUCAAUAAACUGAAAAACAGCAUCGGAAAGUUCUCUGACGCUCAGGGACAGGUACCCAUUACUGAUGCGAACACCCAGUUUGUGGAACAGACUAUAGCCAUCAUGAAAAACCUGUUGGAUAACCACACAGAGGGCAGCUCUGAACACCUGGGACAGGCCAGCAUUGAAACCAUGAUGCUCAACUUGGUCAGGUAUGUGCGUGGCCUGACCAAUGUGGUGCAUGCAAUUCAGGUCAAAACCAAGCUCUGCCAGCUGGUUGAGGUGAUGAUGGAGAGACGGGAUGACCUGUCCUUCUGCCAGGAGAUGAAGUUCAGGAACAAGAUGGUGGAGUACUUGACAGACUGGGUGAUGGGAACCUCUAACCAGGCUGCUGAUGAUGACAUCAAGUGUCUGACCAGAGACUUGGACCAGGCCAGUAUGGAGGCAGUUGUCUCCCUUUUGGCAGGUUUGCCCCUACAGCCAGAGGAGGGUGAUGGUGUCGAACUGAUGGAGGCAAAGUCUCAGCUCUUCCUCAAGUAUUUCACCCUGUUCAUGAACCUGUUGAACGACUGCAGCGAGGUUGAAGAUGAGGGUCAGACAGUGGGGGGGCGGAAACGAGGAAUGUCCCGGCGCCUGGCCUCCCUUCGCCAUUGUACCAUCUUGGCCAUGUCCAACCUGCUCAAUGCUAAUGUGGACAGUGGCCUCAUGCAUUCCAUUGGCUUAGGCUACCACAAGGAUCUGCAGACUCGAGCCACUUUCAUGGAGGUGCUGACCAAGAUUUUGCAACAGGGAACAGAAUUUGACACGUUGGCAGAGACAGUCCUAGCUGACCGCUUUGAGAGGCUGGUGGAGCUCGUUACCAUGAUGGGAGACCAAGGAGAGCUGCCCAUUGCUAUGGCAUUGGCUAAUGUUGUUCCUGGCUCUCAGUGGGACGAGUUAGCUCGAGUUCUGGUGACCCUUUUUGACUCGCGCCACUUACUCUACCAGCUGUUAUGGAACAUGUUCUCUAAAGAGGUGGAACUGGCCGACUCCAUGCAGACGCUCUUCAGAGGGAACAGCCUCGCCAGCAAAAUAAUGACCUUCUGUUUCAAGGUAUAUGGAGCAGCAUACUUGCAGAAGUUAUUGGAGCCAUUGUUAAGGGGAGUUAUUUCAACCCCUGAACACAUCAGCUUUGAAGUGGACCCCACUAGAUUGGAACAUGGUGAAAAUCUAGAGGAGAACCAGAGGAACCUGCUUCAGAUCACUGAGCGCUUCUUCCAGGCCAUAAUCGGCUCAUCCAGCGACUUCCCCCCUCAACUUCGCAGUGUUUGCCAUUGCCUCUACCAGGCUACUUGCCACUCUCUACUGAAUAAGGCAACACUAAAAGAAAAAAAGGAAAACAAAAAAGCAGUUGUGAGUCAGCGGUUCCCACAGAACAGCAUAGGUGCAGUGGGUAGUGCCAUGUUCCUACGUUUCAUCAACCCGGCUAUUGUGUCCCCCUAUGAGGCUGGCAUCUUAGAUAAAAAGCCGCUGCCCAGAGUGGAACGAGGUCUCAAGCUCAUGUCCAAGAUUCUGCAGAGUAUUGCAAACCAUGUCCUGUUUACAAAAGAAGAACAUAUGAGGCCUUUUAAUGACUUUGUUAAAAGCAACUUUGAUUCAGCAAGAAGGUUUUUCUUGGACAUUGCCUCUGACUCUCCACCCAGUGACUCAGUCAACCACAGUUUGUCAUUCAUCAGUGAUGGUAAUGUGUUGGCCCUCCACCGCUUGCUGUGGAACAACCAGGAGAGGAUUGGGCAGUACCUCUCUAGUAACAGAGACCACAAGGCAGUUGGCAGGCGACCUUUUGACAAGAUGGCCACCCUCCUUGCCUACCUUGGACCUCCAGAGCACAAGCCUGUGGCUGACACUCACUGGUCUAGUCUCAACCUGACCAGUUCCAAAUUUGAGGAGUUCAUGACCAGGCACCAGGUUCAUGAAAAGGAGGAGUUUAAAGCCUUAAAGACACUUAACAUAUUCUACCAAGCAGGCACCUCUAAGACUGGCAACCCUGUGUUCUACUAUGUGGCUCGCAGGUUCAAAACGGGCCAAAUUAAUGGUGACCUGCUCAUCUACCAUGUACUCCUCACCCUCAAACCUUACUACGCUAAGCCCUAUGAAAUAGUUGUAGACUUAACUCAUGUUGGACCAAGCAAUCGUUUCAAGACUGACUUUCUAUCCAAGUGGUUUGUGGUCUUUCCUGGCUUUGCGUAUGAGAAUGUGGCAGCAGUUUAUGUCUACAACUGCAACACUUGGGUGAGGGAGUACACCAAGUAUCAUGAGAGGCUUCUGACUGGUCUUAAGGGGAGCAAGCGCCUGCAGUUUAUUGACUCUCCAGCCAAGUUGGCAGAACACAUUGAACAAGACCAACAGAAACUCCCAGCAGCCACUUUGACUUUGGAAGAAGACCUCAAAGUGUUCCACAAUGCCCUCAAGCUGGCUCACAAAGACACCAAAGUUUCAAUAAAGGUGGGUUCCACAGCUGUUCAGGUAACCUCAGCUGAGCGGACCCGGGUGCUUGGCCAGCCCGUCUUUCUCAACGAUGUUUAUUAUGCCUCAGAGAUUGAGGAAAUUUGCCUGGUAGAUGAGAGUCAGUUUACUCUUACCAUGGCCAACCAGGGGACACCUCUCACAUUCAUGCACCAAGAGUGUGAUGCCAUUGUCCAGUCCAUAAUUCAUAUCCGUACUCGCUGGGAGCUGUCUCAGCCUGACUCAAUUCCCCAGCACACAAAGAUCCGUCCAAAAGAUGUCCCCGGGACUCUUCUCAACAUCGCUCUGCUCAACCUGGGGAGUUCUGAUCCAAGUCUCCGGUCUGCAGCCUACAAUCUCCUCUGUGCUUUGACUUGCACAUUUAACCUAAAGAUAGAGGGACAGCUGUUGGAGACGUCCGGUCUCUGUAUCCCAGCGAACAACACACUUUUUAUUGUCUCUAUCAGCAAGACCCUUGCUGCAAAUGAGCCGCAUCUGACACUGGAGUUCUUGGAGGAAUGCAUUUCUGGCUUCAGCAAAUCCAGUAUUGAGCUCAAGCAUCUCUGCCUGGAGUACAUGACACCCUGGCUUCUAAACUUGGUCCGCUUCUGCAAACAUAAUGAUGAUGCCAAACGUCAGCGUGUCACAGCCAUCCUGGACAAACUUAUCACAAUGACAAUAAAUGAAAAACAGAUGUAUCCCUCCAUCCAGGCCAAGAUCUGGGGCAGCCUGGGCCAAAUAACGGAUCUGCUUGAUGUGGUGUUAGACAGCUUUAUCAAGACUAGUGCCACGGGAGGCCUAGGCUCCAUCAAGGCAGAGGUCAUGGCUGAUACUGCCGUAGCUCUGGCUUCAGGGAAUGUUAAACUGGUGUCCAAUAAGGUCAUUGGUCGGAUGUGUAAGAUCAUAGACAAGACGUGCCUGUCACCAACUCCUACGCUGGAGCAGCACCUCAUGUGGGAUGACAUUGCGAUCCUGGCCCGCUACAUGCUCAUGCUGUCCUUUAACAACUCUCUGGACGUUGCAGCCCACCUGCCAUACCUGUUCCAUGUAGUGACGCUACUAGUAGCCACCGGGCCACUGUCCCUCAGAGCCUCUACCCAUGGUUUAGUCAUCAACAUCAUCCACUCCCUGUGCACCUGUUCACAGCUCAGCUUCAGUGAGGAGACAAAGCAGGUUCUGAGGCUGAGCCUGACUGAGUUUUCGUUGCCAAAGUUCUAUCUGCUGUUUGGCAUCAGCAAAGUCAAAUCAGCCGCCGUCAUUGCCUUCCGCUCCAGCUACAGGGACCGCUCCUUCUCACCAGGCUCCUACGAGAGGGAGACCUUCGCUCUGUCCUCUCUGGAGACCGUAACUGAGGCCUUACUGGAAAUUAUGGAGGCCUGUAUGAGAGACAUCCCAACUUGUAAGUGGUUAGACCAGUGGACAGAGCUUGCUCAAAAAUUUGCAUUCCAGUACAACCCCUCCCUACAGCCCAGAGCCCUGGUGGUCUUUGGCUGCAUCAGCAAGAGGGUGACUCAUGGCCAGAUCAAGCAGAUCAUCCGAAUCCUCAGCAAAGCCAGCCCUUUGCUCAGCAUAGACCGGGGUCUGGAGAGCUGUUUGAAGGGACCCGACAACUACAACAGCCAAGUGUUAAUUGAGGCCACUGUGAUUGCUCUGACCAAGCUGCAGCCUCUACUCAGCAAGGACUCUCCGAUGCACAAAGCUCUGUUCUGGGUGGCAGUAGCUGUGCUGCAGCUGGAUGAAGUCAGCUUGUACUCUGCUGGAACUGCCCUUUUGGAGCAGAACCUUCACACUCUUGACACAAUGCGGAUCUUCAAUGACAAGAGUCCAGAGGAAGUUUUCAUGGAAAUUAGGCGUCCUUUAGAAUGGCACUGUAAGCAGAUGGAUCAUUUUGUGGGUCUCAAUUUUAGUGCCAACUUCAACUUUGCCUUAGUGGGCCACUUACUCAAAGGCUACAGACACCCGUCUCCCACCACCGUGGCGAGGACAGUGCGGAUCCUGCACACACUGUUGGCUCUAACAAGCAAACAUUUGAAAUGCGACAAGUUUGAGGUCAACACUCAGAGCGUGGCUUAUUUAGCUGCCUUGCUCACCGUGUCAGAGGAAGUCAGAAGUCGAUGUAGCCUCAAACACAGGAAGUCGCUGCUUAUUUCUGAGCUGUCUGUGGACCCUGUACCUAUGGAGACCUACACCAGUCACAUCACCAACCCCAAAUGCAGAACUGUGCAAGAGCCUCAGCCCUGGACAUCGCCUCAGGUUUCAGAGCGCUACCUUUCCACCCAUCACUACCCCACGAUGGGCCAGAUUAGCCCGCGAACGCGCAAAUCCAUGAGCCUGGACAUGGGCCAACCAUCACAGGCCAACACAAAGAAGCUUCUUGGUACCAGGAAGAGCUUUGAUCAUCUCAUAUCAGACUCCAAAGCACCAAAAAGGCCAGAGAUGGAGGCGGGGAUGACCACCCCCCCGAAGAUGAGGCGUGUAGCAGAAAAUGACUAUGAGAUCGAGACACAAAGAAUUGGAAAUUCUCACCUGCGAAAGGUGUCUGUAUCAGAGUCUAAUGUUCUGCUGGAUGAGGAGGUGCUGACUGACCCCAAAAUCCAGGCUCUGCUGCUCACUGUGCUGGCAACCCAGGUUAAGUACACCACAGAUGACUUUGACCAACGGAUUUUGUACGAGUACUUAGCCGAAGCUAGUGUUGUGUUUCCUAAAGUUUUUCCAGUCGUUUAUAAUUUAUUGGACUCCAAGAUCAACACUGUGCUGUCCAUGUGCCAAGACAUCAACCUCCUGAACCCCGUCCAUGGCAUUGUACAGAGCGUGGUGUACCACGAGGAAUCCCCUCCUCAGUACCAGCCUUCAUAUUUACAAAGUUUUGGCUUUAAUGGGCUGUGGAGAUUUGCUGGACCUUUUUCUAAGCAAACACAGAUCCCAGACUAUGCUGAGCUGAUUGUGAAGUUUUUGGAAGCGUUGAUCGACAGCUACCUGCCCACAGCCGAUGAAGAGAGAGGAGAGGAACAACUACGAACUCCCACAUCCCCGUAUCCUCCCAGCAGCCAAAGCCAGCUGAGCAUCACUGCCAAUCUGAACCUGUCAAACUCCAUGACCUCACUGGCCACAUCACAGCACUCCCCAGGUGUGGAUAAGGAGAAUGUCCAGCUGUCCCCCAGCUCUGCUCUGUCCAGUGGAGGACGCAUUCGCCACGGGUCAGCCAGUCAGGUCCAGAAGCAGCGCAGCGCCGGCAGCUUUAAGAGACCCAGCAUUAAGAAAAUAGUCUGACCGCCCCUCCAGGCCGAGCCGCCAGCCUUCACGCUGCGCUCUCUGUUUACACUCUAGUUUCUCCUUGUUCUUCAUUCUCGCUGCAUUGGCAAAACAAGUGAAAGAAGGAGGGCAAACUGAAUGCAGGCGUUUCUCUUCUUAUUCUUUGACGGCAAAAGGUUUGGGAGAUGCUUCUGAUCUGCACUGUGUUCUGUGUGGAAGCUUUUCCUACCUGCAGGAAGUGACGACAGGGACACUUCAGCAUUACGUUGACUCUGACACAGAGGGACAUGUGGUUGAAGUUCCUGGGUCUGAGUCAGUCAGAUACACAACAUGAGAGCAGCGCAGUGUGAUGGGACCAACAUACUCGAUCCGCUUGGACAUAUCAGUUGCUCUCUCUAUCCUGUACAUAUUUGACAUAGACUGAUGAUGUACAUCCAGUCCUUUAUGCUAAAUUUGCUGUUUUCUCUAUGGUGUGCCUUUGUAUGUGUUUUUCUAUAUGUACACUUUGUAAAGUAAAAGUCAAACCUUGCUGGACACAAUAAACAGGUACUAAUUAUGAAGACAGGCUACUCAUAUCAAGCUGCCAUGAUCUGCCUGUGGUGAUGGUCAAACAACAGUUAACCCCGAUGCCUGUCACUAUUUACUCCUGUAGAAGUAGAUGAUGCUACACAAAUCUUCCUGUUCGCAAAACUCUUUCCAAAAAUAUCUUCUUUUUUUUUAACACUUAUCCAUUAAUAUUACAAAACACUAUGAACAAUACAACCAUGUAAAUACCUGCAAAUAUUUUUGGUUUCAUUGCUUUUCUGUUUUUCCAAUGAUAUAUUUUUAGCAGCAAAAACGUGUUAUUCAAGAUUUGUGUAAAGGGCAAUAAUCUGUAGCUCUCCAAAUGCUUUUCCCCUCCGAUUAGCAACAGAGCAAACGACUCGCCGGGGAACAUCGGGUGUCGCAUCGCACACCGCUACAGCCGACCCACGGAGGGAGUCGUUUUGGUUUUCACCUAAACUUUUUUCGGUCUUUGCUUUUGUUUUCUUGCCAUUGACGGGCAAUAUUAUCUAUUGUUUAUAGAUGGUAAACAAUAGUAAUAUUGUUUAUUUUCUAUCUCCAUGUUGGUUCUGUUCUUUUUGUUUUUCAGCAUUGUGUUUGUUUUUGACUUGUGUAUAAAACGCACAGAGAUGACCGAAACAAAAAAAAACCUCACAAAUUCAUGAUCAUGGAGACUGGCCAGGCAAACACAGCAAAGCACACAUGUUCUAUGAGAAGACAUUCUCCGUACUUGUGCUCCUUCGUUUCCAUCGCCACUUCCCCCUCAUACUCCACUGUCUCCAGGAAUAUGACGACUAGCUCUGCUUUUUCUGUAAAGCUGUGUGGCGUUAGGUUUGCAGCAGGAUAAUACUGAGAGUGUGACAUGCCACUGCAGAUUGUUCAGGGUUCUCAAAUGUUUGGAACCCAGGUUUUGCAGUUUAGUUCAGUUCUUAUGUUUUAGAGAGCAUCUGGUAGCUGCUGUCCUCCAUCAUGGUAAAAAGAUUUCCCUGCCUGAGUUAAGGCAGGCAGUUGAGAUUAAAGAAAUGCACAUGAUGGCAUGGUGUUCAUUCAGGCUGAGUUUGGGUUGGGAAAAUGGAAGUAGUAUUCUAAAACUGCUCUCUGUCAGCAUGAAGAUGGGCAGGGAGCUCCUUUAGAGACGAGGUGAACAGGUUUCCCUGUGAGGUGUGUGAUUCAGUCUGCCAUAACGCGCGUUCAGAGACUGAAGUGUAAUUAGUGACCUGUGGUUUAAGAAAGUUCCCACUAUUUUCAUUUAUACAUUUACACAGAUUUUGGCUACUUCUACAUGGAACAUAUGCAUCUGGUUUAGUCUGAGUUGUCAGUGAUUAGUGCAUGUGAGUUUAGGACCCACAGAUGAUGUUAAAUUAUGAACAUCACUGUGUGUUUGAUGUCAGAAUUACAGAAACAGUCACUCAGUGUUCCUGUGUGAACACUGAGUGACUUAGUUUGUGAAUGUUUGGUUGUUUAAAACCCCUUAACUUUCACCCCCAAACACGUUCAUGUAAGUCAUUGGGUCCGUGAAGACAGCAGUGUCUUUAUGACCAUUAACAACUCGAAGCUGCAGUAUUUAACUUU